GAUGACUCCACACGGGAGAAUAUCAUUACAUCAAGUUUAGUGUUUAUGACGAACUGCAAUAAAAUUUUACGGAUUACAAUUCUAGGAUCAAUAUAAUUAGUUUGACAUUGUCUGCUUGGUCGCAGCAUCCUAACUAUUCUAAUAUGACAAUCAUGCAUUAUAUAUUGGGUGGAUAAGCUAAUCGAAAAUAAAAGGACAAUGGAUUACGAAGGAAAUAGAUUAACAAAAGAGGAUACACAAAAUAAUGAACCGUGUUGUCUGACAAAAAUAUCUAUAUACUCUGCACUCGAACGACACUUUCGAUAAAUUCCUGGAUUAUUUCAUGUAUUCUCCUUUUUUACACUUUUAAUUAAAAAAAAAACAUGGAAUUUCCACAAGGAUGUAUGAAAUAGUUUGAAAAUAUAUUUCCGCACUUUAAUGAACCAACAAUUUUUAUCAGUGCUGCUGAAUUAUACAUUAUAUGACAAUAAAUAAUAAAUUGAUGUGUUUAAAACAAUCCACGAAAUUCCCUGUUGUGUCUGGCUUCAACGUUCGAUCGACAUCAUUAUUCCAUGAUUACAAGAUAAUAAUUUAGACAGAGUUCGAUAAACAGUGUGCAUGGUACUGCACCGGCAAAUUACCAGUUAUUCCCUGGAUGUGUUCUUCCGAUGUAUUACUAUUCGAAUGUUUCAUCAAAGUAAUUCGAAGACAGUGACUAGGUUUGAUGGCGCUCCGAUAGUACGUUCAUUCUCUUAAGAUAGGGGGCGGUAUAUCAUUUCAUAACACAAGGGAAACAACUUCGGUGUUGAGGAAAACACGUGACUUGAAUUAUACUAUUUUCUGCAAAUAAAUAAAAGAGUCAAAUAAUCUAGUGCUGAUCUGUAAUGAAACUAAAUAUGGAAACGAUUAAUUGGAAGUUACUUUUCAUAUAUGGAUAUUUUACUGAUGACUCACGAGGACAAUAUAAAAUUAAAUAUGAUUUUAUAUUUCUUAAAUAAUUUGUUUAUCAACGCUUAAUAAUUGAAGUAGAGUUGUUUAACAAGGAAUAUAUAUUCAAAUGUCUGAUCGGAUAUGCAGGAUGAGGAGAAAGCGUCAAAUUUUCUGGACGAUGUAGGUGCAACUCCAAUCAGAAAAAAUGGAUACCAGAAACAAACGGGUGACGAUGAACGAAUUUUGCUCAAUGUUGGUGGUGUUCGACACGAGACCCACGUUUCGACACUCCGGACUAUACCUAACACAAGACUAGCGCGUCUUGCUGAAUACCAUGUUCUUUCAGAUAAAAAAGAUGAAUACUUUUUUGACCGCCAUCCUGCUGUUUUCAAUUCAGUCAUUGAUUUUUACAGAACAGGUGAGCUGCAUGUUCCGCUCGAAGUAUGUGGAGCAGUGGUAAAGAGGGAGUUAGACUUCUGGCAAAUAAGUGAACUGCAUAUCAAAUCAUGCUGCUGGCGGCAUUACAGAUCCUACAUAGAAAACAAAAGAAUCCUGGACUCUUUUAACAAAAGCUUAAAGAAAGAGCAAAUAUAUAUAAAUCUUGAUGAUUACGAAGGAUGGAGAAGAUUUCAAAUGAAAGUAUGGUUAAUUUUAGAACAUCCAAGGACGUCGCGGAAGGCAAUGAUAUAUGGAGUAAUAUCAUUACUCUUUGUAGUGACUUCGAUCUUAGGGUUUACUUUAGAAACUUUGCCACAAUUGCAACCGACAAAAAACCACACCAAAACCAACGAAACUAUCGACUGCAAUGGAGAGAAAAAACAACUUGUUCAAAUUAUGACGCAACAUCCAGCACUAGAAAAAUUAGAUUUGAUCUGUACCGUUUUCUUCACAAUAGAGUUAAUAGUACGAUUUAUAUUUGCUCCAAACAAAUUAAGCUUUGUUCGUUCAAUGAUGAAUAUAAUUGACUUAUUAGCACUUGUUCCGUUGUAUAUGCAACUGAUUUUCAGCACAUCUGAAAUGCGUUCGUGCUAUAUGAAUGAGCAAUUUAUCAUUCAGAUCAUGUUCAUACUAAGAAUUGCCAGAAUGUUCAGGAUUUUUCAUCUUGUAAAGCAUUAUCAAGCACUAAAAAUAUUAAUAUAUGCUUUGAAAGCUAGCGUACAGGAAUUAUUCAUGCUUGCCAUUUUCUUAUUGAUUGGAAUGCUAGUCUUCGCAUCGAUCAUUUACUAUGCAGAGCUACAGGAUUUAACGACACCUGGUGAAAAAUUCACCACGAUUCCCAUGGGAUUUUGGUGGGCACUGAUUACCAUGACGACAGUCGGAUAUGGCGAUGUCUAUCCAGUUACAGUAUAUGGUUACGUAGUUGGUGCAUGUUGUGCUGUGUCUGGUGUUUUGAUGAUAGCGUUAACUAUUCCCGUAAUUUCAAACAAUUUCACCUUGUUUUAUACUCAUGUCCGGUCGCGUGGCUCGGAUUCAGACGGAAGUCAAAAUUCUGGAUCACAAGACACAUUGUCGCUUCCAAGUUACGGAGAAGGUGGUUGUGAACCAACUGUUAUUGAAGAUAGAAAACCGUCAAAUGGGUCCGUUGUAUUAGAAACGUAUAUGAAUGGAACUUCAGUCCUCAGAAAAAUCUCCUAUAAGAAAAAACAGCAUAAAUAUUCUCCCAUGGGUUUCAUUGCAGAAUCGAAUUCUAUGUCAAAUUUACCUUCUCAAAGAGAAGAAAAUGAUUUCGAAAUGACAAGGACAAAUAGUAAUAAAGCAAGGUCCGAUGAUGGUGUAACAUAUAAUAGAGGUUCUAUAGACGAGAUAUGUGAGAUGAACUCUUAUUGACAAGUCUUGAAUAUAAACGAUGUUGCUCAAAUUCACUUCAAACAUUCUUAAUUUAAAAUGACUUAACACUUUUUUAAUAAGGUCAAACUUCAUUUGCUGCCGUCUGUAUGUCUUUCAAACACUAAAGCGCUGUAGAUUUUAAACUUCUAUUUAUAUGCACCGAGCGCAUUUUGACAUUUUCAUUUCAUCUUGGUACCAAGCAUUGACUGUUCUCGAGAAAGCACUUUUAAUUUGGUUUCUUAUUCAUCAUUAGAAAUAUUUUCGGAAAAACAUACUUUUCAACAUAUAGAUGAAAAAAUGCAAUGAAAUCGAUGUUUAACCUUAUUUCUUAAACAUAUAUAUUAAUGAUAUGAGUUGAGUAAAAUCAAUUCAUUUGAAAAUUUAUCACAAUUGGCUUCCAUUUUGCUCAAUCGAUUUAUGUCCUACAUGUAAAAAAAUAAUUUGACAUUGUUGCUGGCCAUAGUUUAGGACUGGACUCCCUCCUCUUCGUUUUCGUCAUUUUCUUUGAAAUCAACUUCUUAAACAUAAUACUUAUUAAUUCCUUGAACAAACCUUUAAUAUUUUUAGAAGAUUUUCAAACAUUUUAAAGUUAAUGUACAUAAUGAAAUCUGAAUGAGGCAUGAUUAAGCUUUAUCUUCGACUCUCUUGUUUACGUACGCAGUUUGCGUAUUGGGGACUUUUUAAUGCUUUCAUCAAUGAAAUACAAAAUUUUGCAAUCCAUAGAGGUUGGAUGUUUUAUUUGUGAAAAGGUGGGAGUCCUGUCUUUAUACUAGGCUCAUGAUUCGUUUUUGUUGCUGUACAUCUUAAUAAUUAAAAUAUACUCUGUAGUGUGCAUUGGAAAACCAAGUGUUUUUUUAACAUUUGUGUUGCCUAUUUUUUACUUUUCGUAGUGUUUUUUUCAACAUUUGUGUUGCCUUUUGUUUUACUUUUCGUAGUUUUUUUUUCAACAUUUGUGUUGCCUAUUUCUUUACUUUCGUAGUGUUUUUUCAACAUUUGUAUUGCCUAUUGUUUUACUUUUCAACAUUUGUGUUGCCUAUUUUUUUACUUUUCAACAUUUGUGUUGCCUAUUGUUUUACUUUUCGUACGAUAUUUACUAUACAUUUCAGCUGUUCAUCUUUUCAAACAGUUCUUAUGAGUUAACGUUUUAUAAUAAUAGCCACGAUCUCUGGUUUCAUUCUCAAUUUUGUUAUGUUUUCUUUUUAAUUAUAAAUUAUAUUUUUGGUACACAUAUUCUAUCUGAGUAUAUGCUUAUGCAAUUUUUUAAGUGUCUUAUGAUUAAAAUUUAUUUUUUACUUUUUAAAUGAGACUACCAGUAAUGUUGGUCUUAAAGUCUCUGCAGAUUUUAGUAUGAACGAAAUCUAACUAAAUGAAAUCUUAAAAAUAUAGUAAUAAUUUCCCAUAAAUUUAUUCAACAGAAGGGAUUAAAUACAAACUUUUGUCUUUUAUUUAGCAGAAUAUACACCGUUUAAGCUUCAAGUCCUUAUUAAAGUUUUAUAUACAUGCAACACAGUUCCGAUUUCGAAGUAUAUUAUUUAUUUACAAAUGCCUAAAGAUAAUUAAAAAUGAAGCUAUAUUUUAUUUUGGGCUAAUUCUUAAUAUCAAUACAUCAAAUAAAAAAAGACAGAAAUUCCGAAACAAAACCAAAAACAAAUGGCAUUUUCAUGUAGAUACAUACAAAUGCAUUUAAAAUUUGAUGUCCUUUAAUGCAAUUGUUUACAUGUAAAAUUAACAUUAAAAUACUAGUAUUCAUAUUUGAACCAGCAGAUUGUUAAUUGCCGAUUAGAAAUAUAACCAAAUUGUCAAAUACUAUACGCAUUCGUCCCUUUCCUAAAUUCGACCCUGUAAGUGAAACAAAUACAAGCGAAAUGAGUCAUACCUUAUCAACAAUGCAUACACUACAGAGAAUGUUUGACUUUAAUAUUUUGAAUGUUUAAGUAUUUAUCAUGUGGUAUUCAAAUGAAUAACGUUAACUGGAAUGGGUGUUUUUAAAUACUUGGAUCAAUUCAUGUUGAAAUCACUUUUUCUGUUGUAGUUAAUUCAGUCAUUCCAACAUAUAGUCAUCACCGUUGUCUUUAAAUGUACAUGUCAUGUCAAUCAUUUUAGUUGAGUGAUUGCGUUGAGGCUCUGAGUGAAGAACGUUAUUACACCCAUCCGUCACAUGACUAUGUUUGAUAUAUAUAAUUUACAAGAAUAUCACCUGUCUUUCCUGUUUUGUGACAGGAGUAAACGAAAUGAAUUUCAUUAUUUUUUUCUCUAUUUUCACUAAUUAUCAUUGUUAUUUCUAUUAUUUUUCAUCUUUCGUUUGCUUUAUCAAAAGAUCUGGAAUCAACUAAAAUGUCGAAACUCAUAUGUGCAAUUUUUUAGAAAAUGUGAUUUCAUUUGUACGUUUUGGGUAGAUUUGGUCUCUUGUACUGGUUGGUUUAUAUGUUUUCCUUCAUCAAAUUAUUAUUCAAGAACAAAGUAUUAUCAUUUUAUAUCUUGUAGUAAAAUUUAUACCGUUCAUGUUAUUCGUAUAUAAAAAUUAAGUUUGACCAUUUAUUGGUUGGAAAUUGCACCGUACGUUUUUUCUGAACACACAUAUAAUGAUAUAUGGUAAAGCGGUGUUUUAGAUGGGUGCAAUAACAAGUAAUCCAAUGCCUUGUGUCACUCGACUGUUACACAUUUACAAAAUCACUGUUUAUUUGAAAUUUCGUACUUUUUUCUUCAUUCACGCUUCUCAGGUGGCAUUAAGAAAAAAGUUCCUGAAUGAAUGUUUUCCUGGUCAUUGUCAAGUAUUUAAAAUUGGGAGUUCUAUGCACACUAAUGAUAACAUGUUUACCUCUUGAUAUCAUGAAAAACAUACAAACUUCAUGAAACAUUCCUUUUGUUAACAGAAAAUGUCUGCAAAAUUAAUUUUAAAUUAUUACUCACCUAGUAAUUUGAGAAAUUCAGUUGUAAAAUCACUCAGAAAAGAUAUAUUUUGAUCCUUACAACCAAACGGUUGGCUAUAGUUGGUUAAGGGUAGAUAAUUGUUGGAAACAUUUACUAGCUUUAAGAAACAUUACAGGUUAUUUAUAUCCUAACCAAGUUACUCAGGAAAGAAAUGCUGUAUCUUUAUGACCAAAUAGUUAUCGUUAUUACACAUUGUUAUACUGAUGACUUAACUGGCGAGAGGUUUAUUUUUCAAUGACACGCCUUUUACAAUGAUUAUCGAUAGUAUAGAGGCGGGCACGGUAAAUACCAACAGUUAUUCCUUGAGAAACAUACAAUAUACAGUGUAAUUUGUUAACUCCUAUAUUUGUCCUUUAAUCUGUAAAAUCAGAUACAUUUGCCUGACAUUUCAUAUUAUAAUAGGUAUGACACUACAUCUUUCAUUUUCUUUAACUUCAAUAUCAUUCAAAAUCUGAUAUUGUAGGUAAGAUCAAUAGAGCAUACAACUAUUACCCUUAAAUAGAGGAUAAUAAUUUGGAUUCUUAAUCUGGUAUAAUAGUUAAUGUUUUUAACAUUUAAGGAUGUUCGCUACUCUAUUUCAAAAUAAUAAGCUUUUUAAAAGACUGUUAUGAAUUGAUAGAAUAUAAAUAAAGGAAAUAAAAAAGCAGAUAAAAAUGAAGGGUCCGUGUGCUUGUUUUCGAGAUAUAAACCAUUGAAAAUUUGGCGGGAAAUGAUCCUCUCUAGAUUUUUCUUACAUUUAACAUCCGCACCUUUUUUCUGUCUAAAAGUAUGAAAAAAAAAAGAUUUUCAAAGAUGGCAUUUUGAACUAUAUUUAAUCAAAUUAUGAAAAGAAAAGUAGGGGUUAGUGGGCAAAAUUUUUUCAUGGCACUACAUGGAUAAAACCAGAGGAUUCCGAAUAUCUGGCAAAAAAAUCAAAAACAAGAGCAGCGACCAUCCUUAAGGAGUGAUUUUUAUAGGGCAUUUGAGAAGCGUGUGUAAUAGCUAUAGAGUCUAUCAACGUGUUAGAUUAGUGUUUGAUACAUUGUUGUUUACUAAUAGAUAUUGAUAGCUAGGAUUGUGCACAUUUUUCUAACCAUAUAUUUUAAACACCGGACAUUUGUCCUACAAUUUGCAAUAUUUUCAAACAGCACCUAACAUAUCAAUUGAUUGUUAUAACCAAGACUAGUUGAAAAUGACUUCAAUCUUUAACAGUCAACAUAUUUGAAACAAUUAUUUUCACGAAAGUAUGAUUUAAAAAUGAUAGCAGUUUCAGAAAGAUAGAUACCAUUUGGCAAACGUUUUGGAAAAACUUUGAGAAAACAAACAACAAUUUGAAAAAAGUUGAAGCUGGUAACUUUAAAUUGGAUUUAUAUCCUUUGAAAUUUUGUUAAGAGAAAUGGUUAAGUUGAAUCGCUUUUGUUAUUCAAAACGCCUAAAUUGUAACUUUGACCGUUAAACAUCAGAAUAAUUUGCUGUACUAUGCAUAGUCUUUUCGUCUAACAAUAUCUAUAUUUCUGUUGUUUUGGACUUGAAAUACCAAAAGCUCAAUGUCGAAGAAUGCAUUUAAUGCUGCAAAAUCGAGACUUAUCAAACACUAUUUUACUUGUAGUUGUACUGUUGCAUCUUUUAAUAUAAUACAUUUUACCACAUUAUGUUAUUUGCCAAAUGUCAGAUACUUUUUUACAUUUGUGUAUAUUGUUUUUUUCAAUUUGUGUCUGUGAUUGAAUAGACUGUAAAUAGUCAUGCACAAAGGGUAUUCUAUGCAACCUGUAAAAAUAUGUUUUGCUUGUUGACACUGUUGCUUUGAUGAUAUAAUUUUCAUAGUGUCGCCCAUUUUUACACACGAUUGUUUAAAUAUUCAGACGCUUGAGAAAAUCUUAUUGUCUGUAAAUAGUCUCAAUUUAAGGCUUUUUGUUCGUCCUCCAAGAUGAACUUUGUCUUUAUGUUAACGAGUAAUUAUUAGCAUUCGUUCAUGAAUUAAAUUCUCAAUGAUAGAUUAGGUUCCAAGUAAGAGUGUUGUUAACCUUAAGUUUCAACACCCUUCUUUGGAUCCAUUCUUUUUUUUUAAUAAGUCUAAAUCCUUUUUGUUUAUUAAUUUAUAUUGUGUAUGAAAAUGGGCUUAUCAAUGUUACAUAAAAUGUUUUUACUAAGUUCAUUUUAUCUGUAUAAAGGUCAGUUGGGGUUUUUCUUCUCCGAUAUAUAUUUUAAAAGUCUUGCUCGGAUUGAUGUGAGUUAUAACGGAAAUAAAAAUUGAAAACAUGAAAGUUUAUAUCAUUGCUAAUACCAUUAUAUAUUGCUUUGUAGGGAAGAUGCUAUGAUAAGGCGACUUUUAUGGCCCUUUGGAUUCUGAAUUAAAUUUAUCAAAUACCAUACGUCAAUUGUUGAUAAGAAAUUAGUAGGCAACAUAUUACUAUUUAUUUUUUUUAACUUGAUAAAUAUUUGCAUUAAGGCCUAAUACUUUUUGAAAUUAUUCCGGAACUGCAAGCACUGCCUCACUUUGAGAUAUUGUCACUCAUAUAUAGAUAUCCGCUAAUGCUUUACCCGAAAAUCUGUUCUUCUACGAGAUGUCUUAUUCAAAGUUAUUAAAUUCGGUAAAAUAACCUUUUUGGUGAGCAUAAUCAUUGACCUGAACAAUUGUGCUUUUGCAAUUUUAGGGGCUAAAUAAUGGCUAUUAUAAUAACUCUUCCUUUGAACUGAUCAAACAAGCCCAAAACAACUACGUAGUUGAAGGCUGUUUAUUUGAGAUUGUUUUUUUAAAUUACGAUACCGAUGAUUCCUCAUUAAACAAUUAGUUUCUCAAAACAAUCCUAUUAAAGUUGAACUGAACACUAGUGAGAAGUGUGCUGUUAUCAACCGUAUGAUAUGUAGAAAAUCGUUUAACUUCAUAUUUGUUUGGAUUACAGCUAAACACGAAAAAUUAUAUAGUAAUAUUGGGUCCUCAAUGCUCUUCGAUUUCAACUUCGUGAUUUAUUUUGCCUUUUUAACUUUUUGAUUCGAGCGUCACUGAUGAUUCUAUUGUAGACGAAACGCGCGUCUUGCGUUCAAAUUUUUAACCCUGGUAUCUAUGAUGAGUUUAUUCGUCCAUUUUUGGUGAUUACAAAACCAAAUAAAAAAUUUUAACAAAAAAUCCUCAUCUGAGGGUUCUCAAUGGCAAGUUCUUUUAAACAAGAUAAAAUGAACUUAGAUAUUUUUAAAAGUAUUUUCCUUAUCAGUUCAUUUUUUGCCGCAAGUGUGAUAUUGUCUUUUUCACCAGUUGCUGGUAAAACACAUUUUGUUAAUAAAUUUUACAACAUGGUA